GCCUUCCGCUUCCUGCAUCGGGGGGGCCGGGCCCGCUUCGAUCGCUGCCCGCCCUCCGCGUCCCGUCGCCGGGCAACGCGUAGUCCCGUCCCCGCCGCCAUGUCCCGCCCGGCGGCCGCGGGCAGCCCCGCUCCCCGCACCAGCGACUGGUACCGCACCAGCCCCGGGCUGCCCGGCCGUUUCCAGCAGCCAGCCUGCUUCCGCGGCUACGGGAAGCCGGAGCCGCACCCCCGGUACCGGACCACCAACCAGACCUACGGCAGCAGAGCCCCCACGGUGCACGAGGUGCCGACUUCGUUCCAUGUCACCUCGCACGCGUUUUCAAACACUCUGGCACAGUACGGCAUGUACAGAGAUAACGGGCUGAACACCUCCCUGGAGAAGAGUCACGUCACCGGUCCAGACAACUUCAUCACCGCCUAUGACCACCUCAACUUCCACCCCAGCUACAACCCAAGCGGCCCGUCGCACUGUUAGAUCUGCACCAGUAACGAUGACAACAUGAAGCCAGUUUACUGCUGGCUGCCUGGAUAAAAAAAAAAAAUACAAAAAACCCCAAAAGCAAGCAAACAGCAGCACUGACCUUAUCCAAAAUCUGUUGCUAAGCCCCACCUGACAGCGUGACAGGAGGCACUGUGAUGCUACACUGUAGUGGCUAAACGAGGUUAAGGGUAUUUCAUCGAGAAUAUCAAUAAUGUUGCUUUUCAAAAUGCCUUUUGAGCAUACGGGAACGCUGUGGCUGCGAAAGCAAACCUGGGCAGCACACCUUCCCCUGCCACACUGCUCCACGAGGGCUUUGGGAAUAACAUCCAGCUCAGUAUUUUGGGAUAUUGCUCACCCAAUAUUGACUCUGUGAAGAUUUGCAAGGAAAGGGCAAUUAGUACCGGCUGAUCACUGCCUUCUGUGGCAUUAGCGUUGUGUCUGCUGCAAGGUAUCUGCAGUACUUAAACGAUAGUGAAAAUCUGCGUUGUUAUCACUGAGGAGAGCAAAACUGCCUAGACCAUCAGGAAAAUAAUUCAUAGGGCACAAUAACCAGCAGCAGAUGAACACGUGCUUCACGCUAUUAACCAUCUAAGUCAGGAUUUAAUGAGAAUUUUUCUCUUGAACACAGGAAAAGAAAAUUUUCAGCUUGGUAAUGCAAGACUAGCUCUUACAACAUGAUUAAGAGCUACAAAAUCAGUGAGUUAAAGGUAGCAGCGCAUUUCCAAGAAUAACCCUGAACCCAAACUGUUUUAUGUAUUAUUAUUUUUUUUUAACAGGACUCCUACUUAGUUAAUGUCACAAAUUUAGCUUUGGGGGAAAGGAGUUUAAAUCUGUGUUAUCAAAACCGAGUUCACUAAUUUCUUGGGAAAAACACAUACAGCCACUUUGGUACUAGAUGAAAAUAACUAAUUUACAGGGCGAAUGUUAUGAGGAAUACUAUCUUAAUUUAGAAAGAUUUCAUGUGAUUAAAGGUCAGUAAAGAGCUCAUACAAACCAUUUUACUUAAUUUAUAGGCAGCAUAUGCUUAGAAAUACUGGAACAAUAUACAUUACAUAUAUAUAUAUUCCUUUAAGCUUUUCUCUGUCACUAACAAUCCUUUAAACUCUUGGCUCAUGUACCACAUAUCAUUAAAAGUUAAGAUUUUAAAACUAUUCUGUACUAUUUAAUGAAUAACCAAACUGCACGUUUUCCAGAGGUAUUCAUUAAGCCUUUGGAUUUCUUAUAGAAAGCACGUUCAUCUUUCUCACCUCUCAAAACAACAAUGUUUCAAGAAAUUAUUCAAAUAAAGACAACUAAGCAAAAAGAAAAUGUUUUCUUAACUUUUAUUGCAACAACUGUAGUUACGCAGCCAGUGAAACUGCAUCAUUUAGACAGUAAUGGCCCUAAAAGGAAAACCUUAGCACAUUUUGCUUAAAAACUAGUCUUGAAGAGAAACCAGUCUGCCUGUUUAGGGAUGAGAAAUGCUCCUACCUUACAGGAACAACAAACUGAUAGUAUACAUUAAAAAUGAGUGUACUACUGUUUCAGCUGUUUGCUAAAAAAAUGAAUAAAUUAAAAAAAAAUAAGUGUAAUACUAUGUCCAAGUACCACUGCAAAUGGUAUUCUUCAUGUUAGAAAUAUUCCCUCUUUGCGUCCCUUUUAUAUAGUCUUAUAAACUGACAGGAAGCAUGACAAUGACAUAUGUAAACAUAUUUGCAAGGUAGAACUAUUCCGUUUAUUUAAUAAUGUCACUAAGCAAAAAUCUGACGUCCGAAACUGGGCAGGCCUGUACUUGGGCUUUUUUUAAACACUCAGACCCCAGCGAAGCUACAUGUGCCUGGAUCCAGCAGCAAGAUUUCACUGGCACCCACCAAACAAGCCCAGUUCUCGCUGCAAAGCACUUGGUUAUCUCAAACAGAACAGUCGGCGAAAUUUGCCUUUGCUGUGGUGUGAAGACACACCAAUACAUCGGAACAAGUAAAUAUACUAAGCAGAAGUGGGACUGAAAAGUUAACUUUUUAAAUAUUUAAUGCAUGAAAACAAAUAAGCAACCCUCUAUCAUUCACUGCUAUUCUUCUGUUAGACUCUAGACAGUACCUUGAGCUUCUCAUAACUUCCCUUUCUUCUCCUGAAAGGAAAAAUAACAUAAAGCGCUGAAUUAAUACAAACAGUUCUGACAAUUUAACAUAUAUUUUUAUCCACAGACUUUUCUGCAGGUGGAAUAAUUUAGGGAUAAGACUGCCUCUUCUAAAUAUAAAUUUAGUGGGUUUUGUCACAUAUUUUCCACCUGUUUUCAUUCUUCAUCUAAAACCACCCACCCCUUUUUUUCCUUGCCUUAAUUUCUUCUCUUUUUUGUUUUAUUCUUAAACUGAAACCAGUGCCUUUGAACAGUCUUGCAUGCAGUAUACCUCACGUCACCCUCAUAUAGACUGUAUCGUGAGAUAUGGUGGAGCAAGGUUAUCCAAUUCGCUUCCCCUGAGGUUUGCUGAGAAGGGAGCAACACGCGAGCUUCAGCUGCAGCCAGCCCCAAGAGACGUGACUCUACACAUUGAUUUGCUCAAGGUGACACUUCCCAUACUUAGGCCAAAGACAUAUUUUCCUUGUGUUUUCUUUCCUACAUUUCCCUAUUUUGUUAGGCUUAAGAAAUAGUGACCUGUUUGUUUGGAUGCAGAGACCCAAUACACUUUUUUAAAGAAAUACCUGUACAAAUUCAAUAUAUCAUCCUCAAGAUGAUGCAUUUUACCAUAAAGAAUCUACCAGAAAGUCUCUUUCUACUCUAUAUUUUGAAAGCAAGAUUUUCACAUUUGCAGAUAAAAUUAUGUGAGGCUGUACUAUCAAACCAAGACAAACUGCAGUUCUUCAAGGUCUGAAAAAUUAAAAAGCAUAUACAUUAACAAAAGAAAUGGCGGCAGAGAUGGUGUGCUCCUUCCUUGCAUAAAAAGCAGCUACACGUCAAAACACGUGUUCCUAAAAUAGCAGCAAAUAACUCUUUAUAAAAAAUUAAAGUAGUCCUUGUGGUCCCCUGAGGAUCCUUGAAGAUUGCCCUUCCUGAAGCACAGAAAAACAGUCACUGUGGUAAAAAUAAAACAGUAUACCUAUUUUCAAAGUCCUGAGCGAGCACAGAUUUGCCUGAGAACUCUGGUCUCGCAAUCAGGAUGCUGUAACUUACUGGUAGCCAUAAUGGAAUAUACUGAGUAGUUUUGUUUACCAUCCAAAUUAGCAAGUUUUGUGCUCUGACUAAAAAAAAAAAUAAUCUUUGUGCAAAAAAAAAAAAAAAGUAACUUCUUUACAUGCUUGAGUAGACUGGAGUUCAUGGUUCCAUGCACGUAUCUACUGCAGUAGAUAAAGGAUCAAAUUAAUGCCUCCGGAGGACUGAAUUAAUGGAAAAAGGAGCUUGUUCUGGGCAUUCACCAGAGCUACGGCUGGAGCACUGAAAAGGGCCAGGAGGGGCAUAUAGCCUGUGCCUGCUCUAUGGUUGGCUGCCUGUUAUGAUCAGUAUCAAAAAAUGAGAAAAUAUCCGUAAUAAAUAUCAGGGGAAAAAAUGCUUUUAGUACUGCAUCUAUAAAGAUUCAACCUCAGGAGGCUUGUAAUGCAAUCCCAAACUUGGUACCACACGCAUGGGACUCUUGCUCAUGAAUUUGUUCUCAUUCAAUAUAAUCUUUCUACUCCUCAGCUGUUCAGCCUUUAAUCUGUAAUGUAUAAAAGUGAUUCCUUAUUGCUCCAAGACAGCAGGCUUGUCUUUUUCCAAUGAGUGAUGAGAGCUGUACCCAGAAUGACGAUAUGGCCAGCAGUGCCAUGGACUCUUCUUAUGGCUGCGGCGCCAAUGCCCAAGAUGUUCGUUGACCCACAUCCCCUGUGGGUGCUUGCUCCUCCUUGGCAAGUCAGCAAUUCCCAUGAGAGAAACUCUGGAAAAAAAUCACUUGCUGAGACCAAAUACGACUGUGAGGACUUGGAGGUGGAAUAGCCAUAGCAUAUUGGUCCAGAAACACCAAGGGUGACAGCACCGUGUGAAUAUCAAACCAGCAGAAUUCCUUCCCUCCCUCCCACCUUGAAGACUAGCUGAAUCUCCUUGCCUUUUAGAAGAGCCACAGUGCUGGGUGUCACAACAUCCCCCGUGAGCAAGAAAGCACGUUCAUCCCAUCUCUGCACCAUCAAGGGCUCCUAGACUCACUAACACCAGCCUUCCAUACCAGGGCAGAAAGGAUGAUGAGUUAAUCCUGGAGGCUGCAGAAGGCCAUUUAGAGAUACACUGAGUGCUCUCCAACUGAAUCACACAUCUCACCUGCUAAACUCUGCCUCAAAAACAUGGAACCCCUUUUGCUAGCCCUAGUGCUACCAACAGAGAGGGCUGAGCACAAGGGAAAACACCACUUCCUGACCACAAACACCAGGAAAGAAAACUGCUGUUAAGGUUCUACUAAAAUGGCAAGCCCCAUUCGCACUUCCCACAAUACCCACAACUUUUUUUGCCCAUGCACUUUGUAGAUUCUCCUUCUUCAUUUUUUUGUUAUUAAGAAUGACAUUCCCCUAAACAGCCGCAUCUUUAAAGAUCUGGAUUCUGUUUCACAGUCACAAGGAAGUCACACGCUAUUGUCACACAGGAGAUUACAGUCUCAGGACAGUGGGUGGCUAAAGACAACAAAAGGCAAGAAGCAAAAGCAGCUGGUGAACCGAGAUCCUGUUCCCUGGUUCGGGUAAUGCAAACGCUGUGACUGUCUUCAAGGGAGA